CGCACUAACCCACUUUUAGCUGAGGGGAGCGUCUCUUUCGUUCUCUCUUCCAGUUUUCCGAUUUCGUCUUCAAAAGCUCCAACGGCUAGAUUUUCUCCAUAGCCGGAGCUCCCAAUCUCCAAACCCUAAUUUUCAGUCUUCCCUGAAAUCGAUGUAUCCACCAAUUUGAGAAGUAGAGCAGAAACUAAUUGCACAGUGAAACUUUUCUGGAAAUAGACCUAUCAGAGGAUAAGGAGACACCGGUUUCGGAGUCACAAUCUGAAAAUGACGGAGGUGGUGCAGCCGAAGAAAGUCGCUGAUAGGUAUCUGAAGCGUGAAAUUCUUGGUCAGGGCACCUAUGGAGUUGUCUACAAGGCCACUGAUACCAAGACGGAACUAACUGUGGCGAUCAAGAAGAUAAGGCUCGGUAAACAAAAAGAAGGUGUGAACUUUACGGCUCUUCGAGAGAUCAAAUUGCUGAAAGAACUUAAGCAUCCAAAUAUUGUCGAGCUGAUAGAUGCAUUCCCCCACAAGGAGAACUUGCAUCUUGUAUUUGAGUUCAUGGAGACUGAUCUUGAAGCAGUCAUUCGCGAUUCAAACUUAUUCCUCUCACCCGCCGACAUUAAAUCCUACUUCCAAAUGACAUUAAAAGGCCUUGCUCAUUGCCACAAGAAAUGGGUUUUGCAUAGGGAUAUGAAGCCGAAUAACUUGUUGAUAGGAUCUAAUGGCCAAUUGAAGCUUGCAGAUUUUGGGUUAGCACGCAUAUAUGGCAGCCCAAAUCCUAGAUUUACCCACCAGGUCUUCGCUAGAUGGUAUAGAGCACCAGAACUGUUGUUUGGUGCAAAACAAUAUGGUCCUGCAGUUGAUGUCUGGGCUGCUGGAUGCAUAUUCGUUGAACUUCUUCUGCGUAGGCCAUUUCUUCAGGGAAACAGUGAUAUUGAUCAAUUAAGCAAAAUCUUUGCGGCCUUUGGAACGCCGAAAGUAGAUCAGUGGCCGGAUAUGAAAUACCUUCCCGAUUACGUUGAAUAUCAAUAUGUCCCUGCUCCGUCUUUACGUUCCUUGUUCCCGAUGAUUAGUGACGAUGCUUUAGAUCUGUUAUCCAAGAUGUUCACCUACGACCCAAAGGCUCGGAUUUCUGUUCAGCAGGCUUUAGAGCACAGGUACUUCACAUCUGCACCUGCUCCUACUGAUCCAGCUAAGCUCCCGAGGCCAGUCAGAAAGCAGGAAUCGUCGAAGGUCUCAGACCAAAAACACGAAGUCAUUACAGUGUUAUCUCCUCCAAGGAAGCUGAGAAGAGUAAUGCCUGACCGUGCUAAGUCUCAAGCUGAUAAAACGGAUCAGCAUCUUGACAGCUUGAAACAAGCUUGCCACGAUGAACAGGCGCCCAUGUCGUUAGAUUUCUCGAUCCUCGCUGAACGACCUCCUAAUCGCCCAACCAUUACCAGCGCCGACAGAUCCCAUCUGAAGAGAAAACUCGACCUCGAGUUCCAGUAGCAACAUUUAUCUGCUGUUUGUUAUAAGAGACCUCAUCAUGACAUGUAAUUGCUUGGUCGCUUUCAGUAUCUGCUUUUAUGUUCGGAAAUUCCUCAAAGUUGAUAAGAAGAUGUAUUGUUAUGUGUUUGUUGUUUUUCACUAAAGAUUGUAUCAAAAUUUAAAUUACAUAUUCCA